UCUCAACUUGGGCAUCAGGACCUUGUGUCGCAAGAAGCGAUGCUGCCCCGAUGGGAACUGUCUCUUUACCUGCUUGCUUCACUAGGCUUCCACUUCUAUUCUUUCUAUGAGGUUUACAAAACCUCCAGAGAACAUGAAGAGCAAUUGGACCAAGAAUUUGACCUGGCGAUUGGCACUUUGCUUGGAGGAUUCAAGAAGGACCAGACCGACUUCGAGUGGAGCUUCUGGAUGGAGUGGGGGAAGCAGCGGCUGGUGUGGCUCCUCCUCGGCCACCUGGCUGUAUCGCAAAUGGCCAACCAGAUUGCAAGGAAGCACAGACCCUGGUUCCUCACUGCCUACGGGAUGUGGGCCUGCUGGUGUGUGCUGGGGACCCCAGGAACGGCCAUGAUCUUCCUCCACGCCGUCAUCUCCUUCUGCGUAGCCCAGUUCCGGUCACUGUUCCUGUCAUGGCUCUGUUCUCUCCUCCUGCUCUCCACGCUGAGGCUGCAGGAUGUGGAGGAAAUUAAAAGAGGGUGGUACAAGACAGAAAAUGAGUACUACCUGCUGCAGUUCACGCUGACCGUCCGCUGCCUGUACUACACCAGCUUCAGCCUCGAGUUCUGCUGGCAGCAGCUGCCCUGCGGGCGCACCUUCUACUCCUUGCCCUGGAUGAUGGCUUAUGUCUUCUAUUAUCCAGUCUUCCACAACGGGCCCAUCCUCAGCUUCCCCGAGUUCAUCGGACAGAUGCGGCAGCCAGAGCAGUGCCCACUGAGGCUCAGCCUGCCCGUCCUGGCCCGGGGGCUGGGCCGCCUCUUCGUCUGCUGGUGCUUGGCCGAGCUGAUGGUGCACCUCAUGUACAUGCACGCCUUCUACGGCAGCGCCCCACUCCUGGGGGCCGUCUCCUGCUGGACGCUAGGAGGACUGGCCUUGGCCCAGGUGCUGUUUUUCUACGUGAAGUACCUGGUGCUCUUUGGCAUCCCAGCUCUGCUCAUGCGCCUGGAUGGACUCACGCCGCCGCCUCUCCCUCGCUGUGUCAGCACCAUGUUCAGUUUCACGGGCAUGUGGAGGUAUUUUGACGUCGGCCUCCACGAUUUCUUAAUCAGGUAUGUGUACAUUCCCGUGGGCGGGUCCCAGCACGGCCUGCUGGGGACACUGUUUUCCACGGCGAUGACUUUUGCAUUUGUGAGCUACUGGCAUGGUGGGCACGACUACCUCUGGUGCUGGGCAGCGCUCAACUGGCUGGGAGUCACCGUGGAGAAUGGAGUCCGGAGGCUGGUGGAGACCCCGUGCAUCCAGGACAGCCUGGUCCAGUUCCUCUCCCCACGGGCUCGCCGUCGCUUCCACGCUGCCCUAGCCUCGUGCUCCACCUCCAUGCUCAUCCUGUCCAACCUGGUGUUUCUUGGGGGCAACCAAGUUGGGAAGAUCUACUGGAAUAGGAUCUUCAUACAAGGCUGGCCGUGGGUGACCCUCUCUGUCCUGGGAUUCCUGUACUGCUACUCCCACGUGGGCAUUGCCUGGGCCCAGACAUACUCCAUGAACUAAUGCCGCCGGGCCCAGGCCAGCCCUUGCUGUUGGCUUCCAACGCAAAUGGUGCUUCUCCCUGACCUCAUGCCCCAAGAUAACCUCCAGGGGACCAGAGCUUGAUCUGCUCUUUGGUUGAAGUUACUUCCAAGACCAGAAGCUUGUGACUCGACAACCAGAGAGUCUUCUAACUUUGGGAACCUAGAAUUGCCUCCCCCACCAUCAUCUUCCUGCUGCAUGAGCUGGGUCCAGAGCAGCAGAGUGUCUCGCCCAGCUGCACAUCGUGACACUGAGGGCCCAGACCCAAGGCCCGUUGGGUUCUUUCUCCUUUACCACGAAUUAAACGCAAUGGACAUUUCUUGAUUGAGACACAGCAAUCCUGACUAGUGACAGGCCCGCCCUCCACUGGCCAGUAUUUCUGAAACAUUUACGAGAACCUGCCCCAUGCCCUGCAGUGUGAUCUCUGGAACCAGCGCUGGGGUUCGAGCUACACCUUUCCCCUCCUCUGCAGGGAGGCGACAGUCGCAGCUGUGUUUCUGAUCCCCCAGAAACGUAGACAGAAUAUGCUCUGUCACGUUCCAAGGAGUCGGUACCCAAGGGGACCUGCUAUUUGAACUUCCUCGGGGCAAUCUCCACUUGGCGGCUUCUUCCCCAGAUGUGUAGAGAAGUGCAAACAGGCAGUGCCUCCACUCGACAGUGAAUCGUUCCACAUGGAGAAGCAGCAUUUCAGAGCCAGGGAAUAACGAUCCGCAGGCCGGUGCUACCAGGCAAGUGACAAAGGGUAAGGAUGGCUUCCCGUGUCUCUCCUCUCUCCACGCCAGUCCCAGCGUCAUCUCCCCACUUAGCGGUUUACAUUCGUGGUUUACUCUGUUUUGUUUCAAAUAAAAUGGAGCUUUUUCUAUCACACA